AUGGCGAGCGAGAUUUGUCUGAAGGACAUUCUGGACGAUUUUUCAGUGGCAUUUCUGAAUUAUACGCCAACUUUAAGACAGAAACAAAGGGCUAUAGCUUUUGUGAAAGAUUCUUACAUUAAAUCUGCGAAGAAUUUUUCGGGAGAAACAGGGAAUGGUGUACAGAUAACAGCUAAAGUUUUCCUGAGUCAGAGAAAGAGCGAAGAACCACACCGUGUUGAUCUUGAAGUUAAUCUACAACAAAAGAACUUCAAUGACGCACAUUGCAGUUGUAAAGCUGGGAUAUCUGGUCAAUGUGCUCAUGUGUUGGCAGUCGUCAAUGCACUGGAGCAGUGGAAGAUCUCUGGGUACAAGAAGGUACCAUCAGAGAUUUCCUCAACCAGUUUGCCCCAGCAAUGGGACAAACCUCGUGGAGAUAAAAUAAAAGAUGAAGCUGUUUUCACUAUGAUCAUUUCUUGUCCGACAAAUCUGGACAGAAAAAGAAAGCCAGUUAUAGCAUCCUAUAUUGAUACCAGGAAUAUUGACAUAAAUUUAGAUGACAUCCAAGAACUGAAGAAAUUGAAGCAAAGUCCAAUUUCAUAUCUGGCAGGCGAAACAACAACCAAAUGGACAGUGAAUACUCCACUUGGAGAGCAGUUGAUUGGUUCAGCUCUUAGUUAUCAUGCACCACUCAUUCAGCCAAUCACAAAACCCCGAACUGCAUGGAGUUGUGGAGAUACAGUUUUUCCCAAGGCUUUACCUUCUGAUCUCCAGAAUAUUCAACAACUUGCUCAUGAGUGGAAAGAACUUAAUUUAACUUUGAGUGAAGCCACUGAGGUAGAAAAAUCAACUCGCUCUCAAAGUUUUGACCAAAGAUGGCAUAUCGAACGAAAAAAAAGAAUUACUGCUUCCAAUUUUAGACUCAUAAUGAAAAAGGAAAAAGGAUAUAAAUGA